CUGGGUUGGAGGCAAGGGCUUUCCAUCUGUGGGGAUCUCUUACCUCACCCUGCAUCAGAGUCUCAGGCUGUGGCUCCUGGUGUGCAUGUAUCAUGGGAAGCAGGUGUUGGCUCCUGCUCUUGGGUCUUGGUGUCUUGCUGACUCUGUCAGGAUCAGAAGCCAAGAACUCUAGAGUAAAGAGCAUUGAAGAGACACAGACACAAGUGAUGAUUCAGGAACAUCUGAGGAAGACCAGAAGCAAAAGGGCCUUUGCUGGAAAGGCUACACGUCUACUCCAGAGAGUAGAAUUGAGUGUCUUGAAUGUGAUGUCCGCUUCUCCAGGAAAACCACAAAAUGCUGAGUUUGAUAUAGAGUGUGAGACUGGGUUGGGAAAGUGCAAACUCAUACCAUUUUGUGAAGUUGGAUCAGCCAUAUACGACUGCAGGUGUAUUGUAAAAUAUCCAUUCUCCAAUUGGGUGGCUGAUUUGGUUAAUAUCAGUCAUCCAGAUUGUGAUGGAAAGAGUAGUGGAAACACACAAUCACAAGUGGAUAUUCAGGAAAAUUUGAGAAAGGAUGAAAGAAGAAAGGAGCUGAAUACAGGUUCUGACUCUCCAAGAAAAGGUGGAAAUCCAUUGUUUGAUAUAGAUAUCCAUGCAUGUGAGACUGGGGUGGCAAAGUGCAAGUUUAUAACAUCUUGUAAAGGCAAAAUUGGACCUAUCAUUUGCAGUUGUGUGGCAAAAUAUCCUUUCUUCAUCUGGGAGGCUUCUUUUCUUGAUAUUGGCUUUCCAGGUUGUUAUGAUGCUUUCUCCAUGACCACCCCAGACAAUAGUAGUGAAGAGACACAGACAGAAGUGAAUAUUCAGGAAAAUCAUAGGAGAAAAGAAAGCAGAAAGAACUUUGCAACAAAGCCUACCCAACUAAUCUGGACAGUGGAAUUUAUUGCGAGUUCUGUUUCUCCAGGAAAAGGCCAACAUUCAUUGUUUAAUACAGUGAAGAGCAUUGAAGAGACACAGACACAAGUGAUGAUUCAGGAAAAUCUGAGGAAGGAUGAAAUCAGUAAUGACUUCACAAGAAAGGACACUCAACUGGUCCAGAAAAACAAAUUGACUGUCCAGAAACUGAGUUCUGCUUCUUCAGGAAAGGGUGGAAGUUUUGUGCUUUAUACAGGAUCUCCCUUAAGGUAUAAGGAAGAUGUGAUAGUCAAUAAUGAACAGGUCCAGCAGUGCAACACUGGAGCAGACAUAAAAACUGAAUAUGAUUCCUUUUGUGCAGUGAUACAUGACACCUUCAGCAUUCUGGAAAACGCAUUUGGAAAAGAAAGCACUGUGGUUCCUCUUAAGAAUAUGGUUAAGAGCUUUUCCUCUGUGCUUGCACGGGCAUUCACACAGUCCAGAUUCACUAAGGAAGAGAUGUCCACCCUGGGCACAGUCCUACUGGCAAGUGUGGAAAGCACCACAUUGGCAGCUCUUCUGAACGGUUCAGCGAACGUCAGUGAGACUAUUCAGACGGAAUAUCUGGAUAUCGAGAGCAAAGUUAUCAAUGAUGAAUGUACUGAAGAGAAUAUAGUCUUUAACCUGAAAGCCAAGGGGGAUGAAAUGAAAAUUGGGUGUUCCACAAUCGCAGAAUCGGGAUCCACAGGGACCUCUGGAGUGGCUUUUGUCUCUUUUGUAAACAUGGAGUCUGCUUUAGAUGAGCAUUUCUUCCAAGACCUCCAGACCCUCUUGGGCAACUCCCAGAGGAAGCUGAAGAUGAACUCCCGAGUUGUUGGGGGAAUCCUCACUGGAGAAAGGAAAGAUAACUUCUCAACUCCCAUCAUCUACAUUCUGGAGAACAUCCAGAAUCUCGCGGUCAUCAUGGCUUCUGGGGAGUUCACGAUGGUGUUCUCCUUGUAUGUCAUUAGCCAUGUGGGCAUGAUCAUCUCCCUGGUGUGCCUCAUCGUGGCCAUUGCCACCUUCUUGCUGUGUCGCUCCAUUCGAAACCGUAACACUUACAUCCACCUACACCUCUGUGUGUGCCUCUUCUUGGCCAAGAGUCUCUUCCUUGCCGGCAUAGACAAGACUGACAACAAGAUGGGCUGUGCCAUCAUCGCGGGCUUUCUGCACUACCUUUUCCUUGCCUGCUUCUUCUGGAUGCUGGUGGAGGCGGUGAUGCUCUUCUUGAUGGUCAGGAACCUGAAGGUGGUGAAUUACUUCAGCUCUCGCAACAUCAAGAUGCUGCACCUCUGUGCCUUUGGCUACGGACUCCCAGGGCUGGUGGUGCUUAUCUCUGCCACUGUGCAGCCAUGGGGCUACGGGAUGUAUAAUCGGAACUCCCUACAUUAUGUCAACUCCAUCCUCCUGACCUGGGCCUUGUACAUCCUGAGGCAGAAGCUUUCCAGCGUCAAUGCUGAAGUGUCAACACUGAAAGACACCAGGUACUGCCCUCCUUCCUCUCUGCUCCCUUUCUACUUUCCAUUCCUUCUUCCCACAAAAGCUCCUUGUGCCCCUUUU